GCAGAUUGUAGUCAUGUAUUUUAUAUAACAUAACACGCACAUAUGUAUUGUGUUUAAUUUUCAAAUCGUUUAUAUGAAUACCCCGUGUACAAUAAGAAAUAAAGUCACUGUAUACAUGUACAGACCCUCAAUGCGACAUCAGUCAUUAUAUUUGCAAUGUUUUAGAAUGUUAUACCACCUUGGAAUACCCUCUACAUAGCGUGUGCGUGUGCGUGUGCGUGUGCGUGUAGAGUUUAGGUGUAAGAAUGUUUACCUGUCUCUUUAAAUGCCACAAUGUUCAGUAACUCCGCCCACUCGCAAACCCUCCAAUGAGAGUGCCCGCAGGAGCACGCCAUGUGUGAAGCUUUGCCUCUGUGGGAUUCUGGACUCCUCAUCGCAGUGAAUUACCCAGGAAGAGCGUGUUUAUUUGUCUUGCUGUUUUCUGAACCGGGUGAACAUUUUUUCCCAGGUUGAUCAAGGAGAGAUCCACAGCUUGCGCGGCGUUUCUUUGAUCGCGUACCCCGCAGUCCUCGUUAUCAAGCCCAGGGAUAUUACUGGUCGUUCUCCUUGCGCACCGGGCUGCUCUGUACCCGUCCGCCUGUGUCUGAAUACACAAGCCAUGGCAACUUUUAUUCGUGUACUGGAAUGGCUUUUCUUCCUUUACUUCGCCUCGCACAUCCCCAUUACCCUGGCGAUAGACCUGCAAGCCCUACUGCCCACAGAGUACUACACACAGUCUCUCCAGGAUCUUCUGAAAUGGUACGCGGCAGAAUUUAAGGACCCGAUGAUGAUGGCUCCCCCGGCCUGGUUCAAGUCGUUCGUCUUCUGUGAAGCGCUUCUCCAGGCUCCCUUCUUCCCAGUAGCAGCAUACGCCUUUUUCAAAGGAGGCUGCCCGUGGAUCAGGACUCCAGCCAUUGUUUACGCCACCCAUGUGGCCACCACCGUGGUUCCCAUCAUCGCCCACGUCCUCUUCCACGACUUCCCCAAGGGGCCACACCCAGGGCCUGAGACCCCUGCAGAGCGCCUGACCCUCACGGCUAUCUACGCUCCAUACCUCCUCGUUCCCAUCGUCCUCCUGCUCACCAUGCUGUUCAGCACAGCCUACAACGGGGAACUCCGUGGUGCAAAGGUGCAGACGGGUAAAAAGAGCAGAUAACCGAGAGGUUUGUGGAGCUGGCCCUUCAUGGGGCAGGGAUGGAAAAAGGACCCUCAUUACAUAGAAGUUUGAUCCAUUCCUGGUUUUACUAGGAGUUUAAUAAGCUUGUUGCCUAUACACUGUGGUUUAGCAAGCUUGCAGUCAAGCCUGGAAUGGGUUAAUUAUGGAAUAGGAAAUAAAAAUGUGAUCAUAUUGCAAAGCUAUUCAAAUAAACCAUGCUUUUAUAAUUUGAGAUAUUUCUAUUCAAAGCUUUCAUCCUGCCUGCAAAACAGCUGGGUUUUGUGUAGGUGCGAUUGAUUUCGAUUUUUAAUUUCAUGCCAAAAUUACUUCUACAAAUAACAAUAGUAUGUGCCAGUUUUGUUUAGUGGGGUUUUUUGUUACUUGAAUAAAACCCUACUUUUAUUAAAA